GCACCCUCCGGCCCGCAGGAAGCGGCCAGGCCGCCGCCAGUGCAGUUCCGGUGUGUCCGCUGCGGGCGGCUUCCCCCCGGCCGUGAGGGCAGGCGGGCCCCGGCGCGCUUCCUCUCCCUAGCUAUACUACCACAUAAUAUUCAAAUGCUGCCCACUGCCCAUGGCUUUCAGGGAUGUGAAUGCCAGGAGACACAUUGGACUCCAGCAGCUGUCAUCCUUAGCAUCCACUGGGAGAACAUUCCUGGGGCCAAUGAAAUCACAUAAAUUCAUUGUGGAUGAAAUCACCAACCAGAGCACGUUGAUAUGUUCUGCUGUUAGACUGAUUGAAAGUUUGGAUUUGACAAGUGCUGGUGGACAGCUUCUUAAUGAAACCAUUCAGGCUCAGAACAAGGAGUUUAAGACUGGGCUGAGUACCCUGUUGUUCCUGGUUGGAGCGUGGAGCAAUGCUGUGGUGGAGUGCCUCCAGCAGAACGUUCCUGUUCCAGCAAUAGUGUCUGUGAUGUCUGAGGGGUUGAACUCUUGCUGUGAGAGAGUCCAGUGUCUUCAAAUACCAAUACAGGAUGUAAAGAAAGAGCUGUGUUCUUGCCAAGUCAGGCCAAAGGCUUCUGAAAGCAACACUGGCCAAGUUGGAUGUGAUGGUCUCACAAAUCCUUGGAAUUUGCUGUGUUUUCAGAGAGAUGCUUCUGCAACAGAGGAAGUAAUUCCAGUAAAUUCUUGUUCCCAUCAAGGAGAUGAUUGUAAUUUUAACAAGUUCCUGGUUUCACCCUUGGCUGGCUUUGGUUCAGUGGCUUCUGUUGUGAAAGCAGUGGGUGACAGAAGUUCAUCUGCGCUGUCUGGAAGUGGUGGUACUGCAUCCAGCUGCAUCACACGGAAGUUAACCCACAGCAGGCACUUCAGCACUCCAGGGAAAAGCCACUUUUCAAGACACCUCUCAGGACCGUCAGCAGAUCUGGGUGGAUGUUGUGGUUUAGGACACCUGGCAAUGGCUCUGAGCCGUGGAAACCAGACCGGCGUGAAACUGCUGCAAAGCAUCGCCGCUUAUCAGCAAGAGAGAGCAGAGUGCAGUGGCUCUUCCCAGAUUAAUAUCGCAGAGAUUGUGACGUGCUGUGUGCUGGGCCUGCCUGAGGGCUAUUCCUGUGUCUCCCCAGGCUUUGUCACAUUAGUGUCACCAGAGCAAGUCGCAGUCAUCAAACACUUUGCAGGCAAACCCCUCCGGAUUGUGCUGAUGGAUGGUGACCUCACGGAGCAGUAUCGACACUUGGGUUUUAACAGACCUCGUAAUGUAAGGACCAUUUUGGAGCAUCCCAGUCCACAGGGAAGCAGCACAGGAGAUGUGUGGCUAAGCAGAAUGUCGGAUAUCCUGAUGAGCUUUGAGGUAAACCUGGUUUUGGUCAAAGGGAACGUGUGCAAGAACUUCAUGGAAAGGUGCAUCGCCAGCAGGAUAUUAGUAAUUGGCGGUGUGGCUCGGGAUGUGCUGUGUGCCUUUGGGACGGCCACAGGUGCUCAGGCAGUGUCGUACCUGAGCCAGCUGAACGCUUCCUGUGUCGGGAAUGGGGCCUGGGCGGAGCUGUGGGAGCCCAGCGAUGGGCGAGCGGUGGAUCUGGGCGAGCUGGUGCCGGCGCGGAUCAGCGCGGGAGGCCUCGCCCUGCUCACGGCCGUGCUCACCACUGCCCUGCCUGGCAAGGUGCAGCUCAUCGAAGACCAGUUCUGGACACUGUUGUAUCGACUCCAUCACGCUCUAAAGGACGGGAAGGUUUUCCCUGGGGGCGGUGCAGUGGAGCUCCUGUGCCUCAGUCACAUCCAGGCGCUCGCAGAGCAGCCCGGCUGGCCGGGAAACGACAGAGCUGUGAGAUGGCUUCCCAGUCCCUGGCUGGCAGAGUAUAAAUCCAUUGUGCUCCAGGCACUGGCCAGGGGCUGGGAGCAGUACCUGUCCGUGGUCCUGUGUAACACUGCGAAGGCCGGCUCGGAGCUGGAAGCAAGUGCCUCUGUGGAUAACCACCUCCAGAAAGCAGCGGCCUGUGGCUCUGCCUCAGCUUAUAUUUUGGAAGAGUUUAGGAGAGGUGGAGUGUUCAGGGGCAGCUCUGAUCCCUUCCUUAACCAGGUCACAGAUUUAAAGGUUUGUGAUAAUGUUGCAGCCAAGACAGAGGCGUGGAGGAGAGCUCUGGACCUGGUGCUGCUGGUGCUUCAAACUGAUGCUGAAAUCAUCACAGGCCCCAGAAGGAAUGAGAUCCUGAACUCGCCUGUGUCAAGUGAAUUUAUGUUUUUAUAGGAUUUUCAGGAUUUGUAAAUCCAUGAGUCAGUGCAAACCCAGGUGCAACCUACAUGGCUUUAUAAAGCAAAGAGUGAGAUGUGAUUGUGACUUUAGAAUGUAACAGCAGAGGUCAGAAUGAGAGACAGUCACAAGGUAAUUUCUUAUUUGUAGAAAUAAGAAUUAAAUAACAAACAAAAACCACUUGUGGCCUUAUCCCUAACCCAAGCCAUGCAUUUCUAGCUAAUGGUAUUGCCUCCUAAUGUCUUCUGAAGAAAGGUAAAGAUCUCUUACAUAACAUUGCUGUACUUGUGUUAAAUGAAAUAAUAUACUGUAAUUAUUUCUUAAUUAAUGCCUUGUUCUUAAUUGUUAUACAUUGCAAGCAUAAGAGUUAAACUUGAAAUAAUGUGUUACAUUUUAUACUGAGAGAUUGUGUGAAUAGAUUCUAUUUUUGCAUAUUUAUAUGGUUCAUGUUUAUAUGGUCCCAAUAUAUAUCCUCUGGAAUUUCUCUAGUUUUUGACCAAUUCAGGCUGAAUCCUUCCUUGGAUGCAUCUUUACACAAAAUUUUCUUUCACAUUGCCAAUUGGAUUUUUAGAUCAUUUCCAUGGGGUCUUUCAGCUCUCCUUGCAGAGAGGAAAAUGUUGCUGAAGUUUUAGGUGUUGGCCAACAACUGGGAAUGAAUCUAUCCUGGUGGUUGAGGCAGGGCAUUUUUGCUGUGUUACAGCACUGACAGUUUGAAAGCUGGGCACUGGAGAGCUGGCACUUCAUUGUGUGUAACUAUGGAGAUUUUUUUUCUGAGCUUGGCAUUCUGAGUCACACUGAAAGUGAAAUGUCUCACCAGUCUGGUGAAAAUAGAAUGGAAAAGGAAUGGAAAUGGUGAUGCUAAACAGGAUCCUUGCAUUCAAGAAGUUUCUCAUUAAAAUGCUCAAAAUUCAUCCACAAAUAAAGUUUAGAUACUUAUUGGGGGUAUCUGUGUAUUAAAGUCAUAGUACAUCUCUGACCUGAAACAAAAUAUUCUGGUUUUCUCUCAGAUCCCAGAAUUUGGUGGAUUUUUUUGGCAAUAUACUAUGCUUAUAAUUUUAAUUUGGAACAGUAGUUCCUAGCACCAUAAGGAUCUCAUUAGAUUACAGUUUUGAUCAUCCUGCAAUUAUAUUUUCAUUAUUAAUUGUUUGGAAAAUUGAUGUGCAGUUGCUUGGGCACACUCUUGAUGUGAGAGAGAGUCUGGUAGAUCAGAAGAGGCAAAAGGAGCUGGGGGCUGUUAAGUGAGAAUUCAAUGGAAACACAACAAAUAAAUAUAAACAGACGCCGCUGCUCUGCAGUGUUUGCAGCUCAUGGUUGGCUUUACACUGCUUUUCUUGAACCUCCUGUGCUGAGCAUUGCAUAACCCCUGUUCCCAGGAAAAGAUCCACUUGGACUUUAUUUGAAUAAUAGAGUGAAGUGUGUUAUGGAAAAUCUGCAGACAGGAAUUGUAUUGAGGUGGUCCAACAUCUAUUUAUGGCACUCUUAGACAUUGGGAGCUGACACACCAAAUGUUGAGAAAGUCCAAAAUGAUGUAAUUUUUCCAAUCAGGCUUUUAAUG